GUUAUCCCCAUGGAAACUGCUGAAGAACGUUCCGCCUGAAUCUUGUUGACCUGUCAGUGCGACACACUUCAAGCUGAACAGAUAAGGAAGCGUUAUUAUACUGCGUUUAUACUCCACGGCGAUGUGAUCGAGGGUUCGUUUGCUUUGAACCAUCUCUUGAGUGACGUGCCCCCCAUCCAAAGACAUGGCAGAGCAAGACAGAGAUCACCACCACACAGCAGAAGGCAAGGAAGAAGAGACACCGUCCACAAAUAUGGAUCAUGUCUCAGCUUUUGAUGAGAGCAAACAGGAGGAGACUGAUAUUAUCAAGCAGCAGCUAUCAGAAGAUUCAGCUUCAUCAUCUGCAUCCACAAACAGAGAGACUAACAACGACAAUGGUGGAGAAAUGGAGAUGCCAGACGUUAAAAACGAUGAUUCAGCUGAAAAGAGGACGGUGCCUCCUACAGAAGGGUCUUCACCUUCAGAUGACGACACCAUGCUGAUUGUGAAAGAGAGCAGCAGCAGGCUGCUUCAGGCCGAUAAAGGAAGUCAUGGUGAUUACAACAGAGAGGCACCAAGAAAUGAGCAACCAACCGUGACAGCUGAGGAGAUUUCCAGAGAAUACCACACUGGGGAUAAGAACACACCAGACACAACCAGCCCACCAACCCCGGGUGACAGAAAGGAUGACCAAGUAGAUGGACCAGAUGAAGAAACCCUAGACACUAUAAACACAACCACUGAAGCUGGAGAGGAUGAUGGAAGCGACCUGGAGAAGGAAGAAAAUGAUGUAGAGGAGAUCACAACCUCCUACCCACAGACAGAGGAAGAUGUUGAAACCAUCGGUCCGGCCACUGCGGAGACUGCUGAAGCUGAACCUGCAGCUCCUGUGGUUAUUGUAAAUCAUGGAGGAAGUAGUAUAUACCCGAUAGCAGGUAUAUUGGUGUUAGUUCUUGCCAUGAUCCUGGGGCAGCAUCUCUUCCAACCUGAGUCACCACCUCAGAAAGACGAUGUGCGGCAAAUAGACAUCUUCCUCGGGCAAUUGGAAAAAGUAAAGACUCAGUUCCCUCACCAGCGUGCUGAGCUCUGGAGCAGGAGCAAGAUCCACCUGCUGAGGCACCUCCAGACAGCCCAGCCCACAGAGCCAGUCAGUCUGAUCCUGACUGCAGGCCACAGGGCUGAGAGGACGCUGCACUGCCUGGCUCAGAGCCUGGCCUCCGCCUUCUCCUCCUCCCUCAACGCCUCCUUCCUGCACAUCGACGGAGCCAGCAAAGCCAGCCAGGACAGCGACCAGGUCAAACUGGACAUCGACAGCAAGCUGCAGGGAGCUUUUGAAGGAGACAAACCCGUGGCUGUCAUUAACCGCUUCGAGGAGCUGCCUCCGGGCUCCACGCUUAUUUUUUAUCGCUACUGCGACCACGAGAACGCCGCCUACAAGAAGACUUGUCUGAUCUUCACGGUGCUGCUGGGGGAGGAAGAGGAGAUUCCUGCCGACACUCGUUUGAGUGCCGUGGAGGAAAUGGUGGACGACCAUCUUCAGAAGAAGUUCCUCUCCGAUGGCCAUCCAGUGUCUUUUGACAGGAUGGACCUUGACAAGUACGGUGGACUGUGGAGUCGUAUUUCUCACCUCAUCCUGCCUGUGGCAGCAGAGGAGAGGAUAGAACAUGAAGGGUGCUAGGGGACAUUAAUAGUCACUCUUGAACUUUUAGUCAAAGCACUUAACUACCGCCUAUCUAUCAGACAUCUUACUGGGUGACUCUGGUCAUUCUGAGGCUAGUAGCAGUGGUUUUAAAGGGUAACUUUUGUGAUUUUUCAACCUGGAGAACCCUAUUUUUCCCAUGUUUUUGUGUCCAAGUGACUAAUAGGGACAACUUUUUGAAAUGACGGUGCCAGGUUGCCCCGAGCAAUUACAUUGCAGCCCGUUUAGCAGCUGCUGUCUACAGCGUUCUCCCUCAAUACUGGACAUAUUGCAAUAUUACGUUUUGUGAUACUGUAUAGAUUCUCAAAACCACUAUAAAUUUGUAAUCAAUAGUUUACAUGCAAAGAUUAAAGUAGUGCUAUGAUGAUGUUGGAUGUUACAGGGACUGUAAUAAAUGCAAAUGCAGAUCCAACUGUUCUGAAUGCAUAAAAAAGUUAAAAAAAAUCUUACUCAGAUUUUAUGCAUAUGAUGGUGUGUUCUUUAUACUAUGACAGUUUUCCUAAAAUUCGAUUUUAAAAAAUGUAAACGCAAUAUAUCACCUUGCUAACAGGAGCUCAAUAUAUCCCAAUAUAUUGAAUCAUAACCCCUGUAUCAUGAUAUGUAUUCUAUCGCUAGAUUAUUGUCAUACACAGCCCUAUAAUCCCCAUUGGUCACUUAAACAUUAAAACAUGGGAAAAUAGGGUCCAGGUUGAAAAAUACUUAAGUUAUCCAAUAAAGACCCAAAUAUUUCUUACAUAUACUAUAAUGAUGAAGGCAUCAAGUAGAAAUGAGACACUUAAUAUGGGAUGGUUAUGCUAUGGGAUGCUUGUAAAAAAAAAAAAAUCGGUUUCAUUUCAUUGUGAAA